UCCUGAUUGGGUGACAUACACAUAUCCUGAUUGGGUGACAUACACAUAUCCUGAUUGGGUGACAUACACAUAUCCUGAUUGGGUGACAUACACAUAUCCUGAUUGGGUGACAUACACAUAUCCUGAUUGGGUGACAUACACAUAUCCUGAUUGGGUGACAGACACAUAUCCUGAUUGUCAGUAACACAGCACUUUGCAUUGUGUAACCCUAGGUUACUUUAAACUCCCGUCGGACAAAUGGAAUCACAAAUUCCUUACUCAAGGAUUCAAACAACGGAAGAACUACACCAAAAACAGCAUCAACAGCAUGACCAACACUUCACAGUACCAUGUGGAGCACCUGACCACGUUUGUUCUGGACAGGAAGGAAGCCAUGAUCACCAUUGAGGAUGGAAUCAGGAAGCUCCGCCUGCUGGAUGCCAAGGGAAAGGUAUGGACCCAGGACAUGCUGCUACAAGUGGAGGAGAAGACAGUCAGCCUCAUCGACCCAGAGACCAAGAAUGAGUUGGAGAACUUCCCCAUGGGGACCAUCAUGCACUGCCAGGCAGUGAUGUCAUCCUGCAGCUACGACUCCAUCUUGGCUCUGGUGUGUAAGGAGCCGGGCCAGGGCAAACCAGACCUGCACCUGUUCCAGUGUGACAACAUCAAGGCCAACCUGAUCCAAGCUGAUAUAGAGAGUGCCAUGAUCGAUCACAAGGGAGGCAAGGUGAAGAAGAGACCAGAAACACUACG